CUGAAUUUGACACUGUACAUCGUGGCAACAGUGGCACAGGAAGCAGAGCCCUGGCAGAGGUAGCCAAGAAGUACAGUAAAAACGUUUCUGCUGUAUUGUGGGUGGACUUCAAAUCAGAGAUGGAAAGUUUGGAUGCUAUCAAACGCCCCAAACUGGUGGAAAUUGAAGGAAUUCCAAUGCUCAGAGAAACAUUAGAAAAUUGGAAUCUAAUAAGUGGCUUUCAAGCUCGGCCUGAUGACCUUCUUCUCUGCACUUAUCCCAAAGCAGGGACCACGUGGAUACAGGAAAUUGUGGACAUGGUCCAGCAUAGAGGAGAUGCACAGAAAUGUGCCCGGGCACCCAUUUACGAGCGGAGCCCCUACAUAGAACUUUUCCCUCCAAAGCCCAUGCCUUCAGGCUUUGAACUGGCAAUGGCAAUGCCAUCCCCGCGAACCCUCAAAUCUCAUCUCCCAGUUCAACUCCUGCCAACUUCCUUCUGGGAACAAAAUUGCAAGAUCAUUUAUGUGGCCAGAAAUGCCAAGGACUGUGCUGUUUCCUUCUUCUAUUUCCAUCGCAUGAAUAAAAUACUUCCAGAUCCAGGAAAGUGGGAAGAUUUUCUGGAGAAUUUCAUUGCUGGGAAAGUUGGUUAUGGCUCAUGGUUUGACCAUGUUCGUGUUUGGUGGGAGGCUAAAAACCACCAUUCAAUUUUGUACCUCUUUUAUGAAGACAUAAAAGAGAAUCCAGCUCAGGAAAUCCAGAAAGUAGCUGAGUUCCUAAAUAUAGAGCUUUCAGCACCAGUCCUGGAUCAGAUUGUGCAGCACACUAAAUUUGAGAGCAUGAAAGAGAACCCAAUGGCUAAUUAUAGCAACAUGCCUUCCUCGGUCCUUGACCAGACAGUGUCACCCUUUAUGAGAAAAGGCACCGUUGGGGACUGGAAGGAACACUUCACAGAGGCUCAAAGCCAACAACUAGAUGAAAUCUGCACCCAAAAACUAGGUGACAGUGGCUUGGAAUUCCGCACAGAGCUAUAAACAGACUUCACUAUGCCUUCAAGCAAAACUUUUUCUGGGACUGAUUUCUACUUGAUUUAAAAGAAAUAAUCACAAAUUUACAUGCAAGGAAGCCAUUUUGCGAUG